GUGGAACCUCUACCGGAGCAAUGAGUGGUGCGGGUCUAGGCAUGGGAGCCGGUGGUGGGAGUGUGCUUUCCAGUCUGAUGAAAUUGGAAGCACAAAGACGUCGAAAUGAGCAAGAACAGGAGAAAAAAAACCAACGUCGAAAGCAGCAGAAGUGCUUGAUGAGUCCCUGCAUUUUCUGAAGAUAAGCCCCUUUUAUUAAUUUUUAUCGACUAAAAUAAUUUUCAGGAAGCAAAGAAAGCAAAAAAGCAUCUGAAGAAGAAACCUGCAUCGUUGUACGACGUCCCGAUGCAUUCAAGCACAGACCCCAAUUCUGCCGCCGACAAGCUCACUCCGCAGCGACCGAAAAUGAUCAACCGUCCAUACAGCUGGCUAUCCACAAUGACCGCAAGCAACCAUUUGGUUCCUAGUCUAGAGAAGAAGAAGCUUAUGUCGCCCUCCGUAUCGAGACGGUCGUCCAUCGACAGCAUGUUCACCACCGCCUCCCAGUUUGAGCCGAUCACUCUGGAAGAUCGUAUUCGAAUCACCUUUGAGAUUGCCAACAUUCUGCAAAAGCAAGAGUUUUUGCGCAAGCUUGUCAAGUCACUCAUGCUUUAUGGCUGUCCGGCACAUCGCUUGGAAUAUAUCAUGCGGCACGUAUCCACAACUUUAGGGGUCGAUGCGGAGUACGUUUAUAUGCCAAAUGUCAUGUUCAUGACCGUAUUUGAUCAAGGCACCCAUACAACCGAAACGCACUUUAUACGACAAUCACAAACAUUCGAAAUGCACAAGCUCGGAGAAAUAUAUCGCUUGGAAAAAUUAGUUGCUCAUGGUGAAGUUCCCGUGGAUGAGGCAUUACAAUUCAUUGAUACGGUCGCCAAUGAACCAUCGUUCUAUCCGCGUUGGCUGAAUCCAUUCGUCUAUGGACUCGCAAGUUUCUGUGGCUGUUUGAUCUUUUUCGGUGGCUUUUGGUACGACGCAUGCGUCUCGGCCGGUCUAGCCAUGAUUUUCGCCAUUUAUGAAUUUUUCUCCGGCCGGAUCCAGAGCUUUCAGCCUAUUUGGGAAGUAACUGUGUGUAUCAUCAUUGGGUUUGUGGCGCGAGCAGUGACCCAAUACGGCUUUUGCUUCACACCCAUUGCAUUCUCGGCCUUCAUUGUCAUAUUACCUGGUUACCCCAUGGCGGUUGCCGUGGUCGAGCUUGUCUCUAGGCAACUUGUCAGUGGUGUGGUGCGCAUGGUGUACUCGAUCGUCUACUCGUUCUUACUCGGCUACGGUAUUGAAAUGGGUUCCGAGCUGUACCGACUGAUCGAUCCGGACAUUACCAACAAAGGGAACGCCAGUGAAUGUCAAAGAGCAACCGAUAUUACUACCUGCGAUAUCCAACGUAUUGAUCAGCGCUUCUUUAUUUUACUUGUACCACUUUUUGCCCUGGCCUACUGCGUCUUCGUCAGAGCCCGGCCGUUCCGUUGGCCUACCAUGAUUAUCGUUUCUGCUAUUGGUUAUGUUGUCAAUUACUUGCUGCAGUGCUACGCCCAUGCGCCAGCCCAGAUAUUGCAAACAGUGCCUGCAUUUACCCUGGGUCUCCUGGGCAACCUGCUGACCAAAUUUACUGGCAAAAUGUCAUUCGACGCUGUCCUAUUGGGUGUAUUCUAUCUCGUACCGGGAGGUCUUAGCAUCAAGGCCGGCUAUGGCAUGUUUUCAGGCGACGAUUCCAUGGGUACCCAGGGCGCAUCUUUUGCGCUUGCCAUGAUUGAGUCUUCGAUUGGAAUCACCAUCGGUUUGUUUGUUGCCACAUUGGUCGUUUAUCCAAAGGGAAGUUCGCAUACACCACUCAUGAACUUUUGAUUAUUUUACGUCUCACCUCCCAUCAAUCCACAUAAAAAAAAAAGUUUAUUUGUAUUCUCCCCAUCCUUUUUCCUCUUUUUCGUAUUUUUAUUAUGUUCGACAGUUGCCACCUUUGUAAAUAUCUUUUACCUCCUUGUAGUUCAUCCACUCUUUUAUUACUAUUGUUAUUCCGUAAAUAUUAUAUUACCAACCCGUAUCGUCUACAAUUGAUCGUUUUGUACGUUGAUAUAGCGAAAUCAAAAAACGCUGAGAACAACGCUAAAGCAUAAGAAGGCGUUCUUUUCAUCUUGGUCGGUCAGACGAGAUGACCUCCAUGACAUAUACAAGCUUAUUUAUGCAUGGCAAAGACAUC